GGAUACAACGCUAGUGAAAAUUUAAAAACGUGAUUAUAUAAACAUGGACUGUCCAACGAACGAGUCGAUGUGGAAAAAAAGAGCUGAUAGGUACAAAUGCCAAAAUAAGGAUAUUUAUCACUGUUUGCUUCUAAAAGAUAAGACAAGAUUGAAAGAAGUUUGCAUUGAGCAGGCUAGAAUCGGUAAAGGUUACUGUCCUAUCAUAACACGUCAUAAUUAUCUCGACUGGGCACUUUGUAACACCACUGGAUGUCCAAAUGAUACCUACACCAGCGACGAAGUUUACAAAUACCCGAUUUGCUUUAUGACAACACAUACGGGACCAAUAAGGACUACUAGCAAUGGCAUAGGAACAAACCUUCAAAGCUUAAUUGGAGUGGGAAUUGCAAUUUUCAUACUGCCAAUAUUCGCAUAUGCAUUUUGUGCGUAUUUAAGAAAAUCACAGAACAGGAGGUGUACAGGAGGCUUGUGUAUAUCUCUGAAAAAGACAUUUAUCUUUGUUGAUGGGUGGUUUGGAAUAUGGAAUGAAAACCCUUGUAAAGUAAAUGAUGUUGAAAAGGCUUUGCAGAAAUUACGGAAUAGCAUAGACAAUGUUCAACUAUGCAAGUACGCCCAGAUGAAGCUGGUCAAGAUGGAGAUGGAAUUAAGUUCUGUGCAAAAGCUGAAAAUGAGUAUGUCACUUAUUUCUAUAAAGAGGUCGUGA